AUUUUAUCCAAUUAUGAUGUCAUCAAAGGAAAUUGUUCUUCAUCGAAUCAACUAGCGGAGGUGUGAUGUCUUCAGAGAGUUGUGGCCAAUGAAAGAUCAGCUACUGGACAACCACCGACAGACGGUGGCGGCGGUUGACCUCAAGUCUGCUCCUACAAAAGAAGUUCCAGGUGACAUUAAGACUUCCACUACUGGUACCACUGCUGCAACCAAUUUUGAUGAUGAUUAUAACGAGUGGGAAUUAGGAAUCGGAGAACUGAUCAUAGACUUGGACGCUGACAUUGAAAAGAAUAACUGUAACAGUAACAUUGUGUAUGGAGCCACAGAUGGCACUGGGGCAUUGACUUUAACUAGUGCUCGGUCUCCACCUAGUGGCGGCAUGUCCAACAGCAAAACGUCACGAAUGAACGUUCCUUUAGUUAAAGCCGGAGAUUCAUCAGUUUCAACAAGCGCAGGUGAAAGCCUGAAUAUCGUCAAGAACUCUGCUACAGGGGCUGAACAUCAGGCUACCGUAGACAAAGGCUUGAAAAUGAAAAUUAAGAGAAAAAACGUGGGAAGCAAAUCAUCUGAAGCAAAACACGAGAUCGUUCAGUCAGACACAAAAUCCCACUCGCUGGUAGAUAACACCCUGGAGGAAGACAUAAAUUCCCCUGGAGUUGCACCAGAUACUAAAUCCAAACACAACAUAGGGAAGGUAAGAAGUGGAAUUCACAGGGAGAAAAAGGAGAGACCGCGAGAGAAAGAGAAGAACAAUAAAGCUAAUGAAAUUAACGGUGUCGUAAGUAAUCUUUCAAGUUUAGCCGUUCAAGCUUCAGGCACUGGCGUAAACUUUCCAACUGCAUCUGCGCCAAGUGUAAAUCAAGGAGUGGCCACUUCUGUUUUGACACUGACGAACACAACCAGCGUGGCAAGUUCGAUAAGCGGUGUCAGUAGUGUUAGUUCAGUAAUGGGGGCGCCCUGUUUUGCUUGUCCUACCGUCAAGUUAGAGAACUCUAAGAACCCUAUGGUAUCCUUGAAAAACGCCCAAAACCCGUCUGAAGGCGACGGACCAAAAACCGCGCCACUUCCAAAGAGAAUAAAAAUUGAGACUAUGGAAAAGAUGGAGGAAGUCCUUCUCCCCCCAGCUGUGAAAGACAACAGUACAUGUACGAGUGUGUCCACCUGGACGGACCCAGAGUGUCUCGGCCCUUGUGAACCGGGAACAAGCGUACUAUUGGAGGGGAUCGUUUGGCAAGAAACUGAAGAAGGUGUGCUGGUUGUAAACGUAACGUGGAGGGAUAAGACCUACGUGGGUACCUUACUGGAUUGUACAAAAUACGACUGGGCUCCUCCUCGUUUAUGCGAAUCCCCAACUGACGAGGUGGACUCUAAGGCUCCUAAAGUACGUGCUAAGAGAGGAAGAGGAUCAUCUAAUUCUGCCAGUGACUUGCAGUCCUCUGAGACGAGGACAGCUAUUCAAAGCAAGCUACGGAAAGGAAAGGGAAGGAGAGGUACUGUCAGUAGCACAUCUUCCUCGUCGGAGUUCACAGUCCCACAUAGUCCCACCAAAAGCGAUAACGGAACCUCUGGACACGGCAAACGCAAAGGUAGAUCCGCAGAUGUGGAACUUGGAUCUAGUGAUCAGAAAUCUUGUAAAAGAAGCCGAUCUCAGACACAAGCAUCACCAACUCCAGUUAAUUCAUCACCUUCAGAUUUCGUUCAACCUUUAUCUCCAGUUCUUCUUGAAUGUCCUGAACCAAACUGUAAUAAGAAGUACAAACAUAUCAACGGAUUGAGAUUCCAUCAAUCCCAUGCUCACGCUAACUUGGAGGUGACUAAAACUGAGGACUCGAAUUUUGAGGAAUCCAAGGAGAUGGUUAACAGUUCCGACAACGAUGAAAGCUUCCAAGAUUCACUAAGUGUUCCCACUAGCCCCACAUCUUAUAGCAGGAAUUCCCCAGCGUUUCGACCAAGUCAGUCCACAGAUACUCCAGCUUCUAACAUUACACCCGAAGAGGAGCACAGUGUCACUUCUGUAGGACUAACAUUUAUACCAGUGAAUAACUCUUCGACAGAGGUGUCAUCUGUUCUUACUGUGAUGAAUAGAGAAUCGAACCAGUCUUUAGAUCAAUCUAGGAUAGCCAGCUCGCAUAUUCCAUUUUCCACAAACUCUGGAAUAUGCACUUCCGUCACUAAUGGUCAAUUUUCAGUAGUAGCUCCAGUUGUCUCUUCUGCAAAUGCCGUGACAGUGAUCACAACUGUCAGCAUUCCAACUUCUCAUGUCCCCCAGUUUGGUCUGCCUACAGUAGCAAAUACAGCAGUCGUAAGCUCAAUCUCAGCUUCAAUUCCAUCAACUGGUCAUAUAACAGAGCAUGGACCUUCUCCUGGUCAUAUUCUAACGGUCACUUCUCUUUCUUCUUCUUCUUCUACGCCUUACUUGUCCGACAAACGACACACAGAGGAAAUAGUGGAAGAAGAAUCUACAACUACCAGUUCUUCUGCAAGGACAUCUAAUGCCACAGCAGUGAUGGGACACAUUUUAACAGUAGAACCUAUUGUUUCCUCAACACUUCAUUUUCAGAAUCAAAAGAAUCCCAAUGCAUUGCCAUCUCCAUUGAAACCAAUACAACCGAAACCAACAGGUUUAGGUGAAACAAGUACUAUUAAUACCGCAUUAGAAAAUUUUAAAAGAGAGAAGAUAAAACACAAAAAGAAAAGUAAGGACAAGGAAAAAAUUGCAUCAUUACAUGUUACUUUUAGUGAGGGAUUGACUCCAAAUCAUGAUAUAAUAAAUUCAACUCUAUCAGCAGGGUUGAAAACGGAACCUAUUCAAGGGGACAAAGAAAAUGGUUUGACAAGUAUGUCUUGUGAUUCUUCGUCGUCUUGUUUGUCUCCGAGACUAUCUGCUCCUUCGGGUAUGACAUCAGAUGCGGUUGAAGAAAUUAAUGAAAAUGUACAGAGUCCAGCUUAUUCUGACAUCUCUGAUGCGAAUGAUUCGAAUCUUCUUGAUGAUCAUUUGCAGGAGGAGAAAGGAAAAAGCGACAAAAUUUUAUUACAACAAAGAAAUGGAUCAAAUCAGUCUUCAGAACAAGGCUUGAAUCCUAUUUAUCCUUAUUACAGUCCUCCUCAGUACCUCUCUCCUUCUGUACCCUCUCAAUGUUCUGAAAUCACGCCAGUUUCUGCUGUAGACAAAACCCAUCCUAAAGAAGAUAAAUUAGAUGUGACAGCAUGGUUAGAAAACGCAAAAAGAGUCAGUCCAGAAGAAGUUGUUAGUAAGGAUAUCAGAAACCAUAAAAUAUCUAGAGAGUCAAGCUCACACUCUUCAAGUACCGCAGUAACACCACCUAUCGCUAGUGUACAGGACUAUUCUGUCCAGCAACAAUUUUCUUAUCCUUAUAACAUGAUACCUGGUUACCACUAUAGAGUAGAUUCUGCAUAUCAUCUACAUCUGUUAUCAACGGAUCCACGAUAUAAACAACAAUACGAGGUUUACAUUCGAGAGCAAGAGAAACUUAAAAAGAAGCUAAAGGCUUCUCAUCAAAAUGAAAAGAAUGAUGGAAAAGAAACAAGGAUUCUCAAUGACAAACCCGUUAGUAUGUCUAGCUUUAGGGCUACUGAUCUAACUCUCGCUAAAACUGUGUCUUCCUCGACAGAGACGAAUACCAACGAUGCAAGAAGAGACGCGAGGAUUUCUUCCUUCCACGAAGUGGUACGAUCCUUGACACCUCCCUCUAUAGGGCAGAAGGAAAAACGUAAUGAAAGUCAUAAAAUCAUGAAAGAGAAUACUGAGCUGAAAGACAAUGUCAAAACUAAUCAGUAUGAUACAACCGCAGUAUUGGAGCAACACCAAGAAGAAAUGAGAAGAUUUUAUAUGAUGCAUCUCGCGGAACAACACAAUAAAAACGUGCAUCUCGCAGAACAACACAAUAAAAACGUGCAUCUCGGGGAACAGCACAAUAAAAACGGAGAGCAGCCACAACAACAUCGGAUAUCCUCUCAUCAAAGUGAAACUACUAAAAGUGGCCGUUCCGGGUCCGCGUCAUCUGGGAAACAGAUUUCUUUCGAGGACAGCAACAAAUUAGAUAUUACGUCGAAAGGGGACCUCAACAAACCUGCCUCAAGCAUAGCCUCCACCUCUAGUCCUAAAGGGAGCUCUAAAGAUCUCUCGAAACAUUUCAGUAGGGAGCAUAAAAUAAAUUCUUGUAGCAGUCAUAACAUGAAAAAGGAAGAUAACUCGUAUACUUCUAAACAUCAGAAUAGCGAUGAUAAAAUCAAAAUUGAGAAGAAGCAGAAUUCAGAAGGUCAAAAGCCCACAAUGGAGACAACUGGGCCUCCCCCACCUCCAACUAAUAGCUAUGCUUACCUGCACCCGUCGUACUUGCAGGCCCCGCCGCACUUUGGUCACAUGACCUUUGACCCUAAACAUCCUAUGUACAGAGGAGGAUUAAACCCCUUGCUAGUUUCUCCAAACCCUCACUAUGUAGGCCCAGCGUUUAUCCACUCGCAGCUCCGGUAUCCUGUACCUGGUACAUCCUGUGAAAUACCUUCUCACUCCCAGUCUCCUAAUGAUCACCUGGGGCUCAAGCUACACCACACUCCGCCACCUAAAGCUUUAGAUUAUCUCCACCAGGUGUCGCAGCAAUACACAAACCAUAAGAUUCAUGAGCUUCAGGGGCCCACUUCUAGCACUAGUGGUACUUCUGCCUCCCAAAGUAAACCCGUCGACUCCCCUAGUACAGUAAUUAAGCAAGAACCGGCAAGAUCAAGUGAUAGAUCUCGGUCACCACCUUUACAGCGCCACCUACAUACCCACCACCACACUCACGUUGGUGUAGGAUACCCUCUGUAUGAUCCUUACGGAGCAAAACGACAGCAGUGGAAACCAUCUCAAAGACAGGUUCCGUACAGACUCACGCCAUCAUAGCAAGUCACCAGGGGGCAGCAGGAUCAGUUGUACCCAUUUGAGAUCGUUUGAAGUUUGGACAGCUAUAGAUAUAUUUGCUCUUUAUACCUAGCAGUUAAAGGACAAGUAGACUGUGAAUGGUCAGAAUAGCGGAUAUAUCGUAAAGCAGCAUUUGUUGUACUUAUCAGCAAGUGCCUGUGACUCUUCAGCUUACGUUUUUCGAGUACAAGUACCUGCUUGACAGAUGGACUGUAGGAAGCUGAUGAGCUAUAAGGAACACGUGACCUGUAAGGCUCGUGAUCGUUGUGUAUUUUCUGUAGGAAGCGGAGUCGAUACGAUUUAUCAAAAUCGUUUUAAAAAUAUUCAGAACCUCGUAUUUUAUCAGAACAUUCGUAGUAAACGUUAUAAACUUUCAUUGUUGUUUUAAAAGAAACGAACAAAUGUGACCCGUCUUGAAAUUUCGGUUCAUGACUGAUAGUUUACUUAGUUCGUGCCGAGUAUUAUAUAUAUAUUGAAAAGCAACUCUCCAACAAACAUCUGUUCGUGAAAUGUUUUAGAUGUGCUUAGCGUAACGAUUUCACGAGGUCAAAAUGUGAAAGAAGAAAAUUAAAGAUGACCAGUGUCCUGCGAAAUCUCACCUAGUCCUACAGCCUAACGCUGCUCUCUUCAUGGACGAAAACUUUUUGAUUGACAAAAAUGAUAAUUCAUUACUGCCACCAUGUUCCCGCUUUGGACAUUCUUGGAUGUAUUGUGAUUGGGCUUUUGUUAUGAUUUUUUUUUCUUCUUUUUACCCAAGUACUUUGAUACCUAGUGUUAUAUCGUAUAUGAAUGAAUGUAUAGAGUAUUGUGAAUUAACACGUGCUGUUUCGUUGACUAUUAAACUGUAACACGUGCUGUUUCGUUGAAAAAAAACAACAACCAAAAACAGAGAAGUUAUCGAGUCUGUUCUGAUACAAUUGUAUUUUUAUUUUUAUCAGAUGAAAUUAAAAGCUCUAUGAGAUACAGUCGAAAUGGAAA